AUGUUUUUGUGUAUUGUCUUAUGUUUAUUAAUAUCAUUUAUUGAUUGUUCACCUAUAUUAAAUGAAACAACUUCACCACCCCUUCUAUUAUUAAUAUCAUUUGAUGGAUUUCGUUGGGAUUAUCCAGAUAUAUAUAAUUUAUCUAAUUUUAAUUCUUUACUUAAACGUGGUGUUCGUGUAAAACAUAUUGAUAAUAGCUUUGCAACAGUUACAUUUCCUUCACACUUUACAAUUGCAACUGGUUUAUAUGAAGAAACGCAUGGUAUUGUUGCUAAUACAAUAUAUGAUCCAAUAUUAAAGGAUGUUGCAACUGUUGUAACAAUGAAUGAUACGAAAUGGUGGUCACAAAAUCCAUAUUCUCAACCGAUUUGGAUAAGUAAUCAAUUAGCAAAUGAUUCGAAUCAACGAAGAUCUGGUGUAAUUGCUUGGCCAGGUAGUGAUACACCUAUUAAUGGCCAUCUUCCAACUAAAUAUGAAGCAUAUGAAUCAGAUCGCCGAUUUGAUUCGGUAUUAAAUAAAAUUUUUGAUUGGUUUCGUGAACCCAUUGAUACACGCAUUAAUUUUGGUGCUAUUUAUCAUGAACAACCUGAUAUCACUGGUCAUAUUUAUGGUCCAAUAUCAUCUGAAAUGAAUAAAACAUUAAAAGAAUGUGAUGAUUAUGUUGGAUUACUAUUAAAAUUAAUUGAUGAUGAUGAAUACUUAAAAAUAAAUCUUAAUGUUAUUAUAACUUCUGAUCAUGGAAUGCAUGAAGUGAAGAAAAAUCAUAAAAUUAUUCUUGAACAAUAUAUUGAUAAAUCAUUAUUUUCAGCAUAUGGUGGUCAUUCAUUUGCUAACAUAUUUGUUCAUAACAAAUCAGAUAUUGAUCGUCUCUAUGCUAAUUUAUCGGCCAUUCCAAAUUAUGAGGUAUACAAAAAAUCUCAAAUACCCAAUGAAUAUCAUUAUAAAUCUAAUGUGCGAAUUGGUGAUAUAUUGAUGAUUGGUAAAGUUGGUUAUGAAAUAGUUACACCAGGUCAUACACCCAAUGAUGCACUCGGUGAUCAUGGUUAUGAUAAUCGAGCUGAAUCAAUGCAUCCAAUAUUUUACGGAUUUGGGCCAGCAUUUCGUUGUAAUCUUCUAGCUGAACCAUUUCGUAGUGUUGAUAUUUAUCCAUUAAUGUCUUAUAUACUUCAUUUGAAUCAACGUAAAACAAAUGGUUCAUUAGAUAAUGCCAAACAUAUAUUAAUUGAUUUUUCAUCGAGUAAUUUGUCAAAAGUUUUAGUUGUUAUUUGUAUUAUGUUGGUAAUUGUAAUGGCAUUUAUUUAUACAAUAUGUGCUUGUCGUCAUUGUCGACAAUUAAUUUAUACAGAGCCAAAAAGUGUACCUGAACAAUAUUGUCUUUUGAGUAAUGAUGGAUCAACGAAUAAUUUGGUUGUUAGUGAAAGUGAAGAUGAACAAGGAAUUGAUUAG